AUGUCUAGCUUCAACCACACUGGUGUUAGCCACGUAGCCUUCUACCUGCUGGGCAUUCCAGGCCGAGAAGACCUGCACGUGUGGAUUUCCAUCCCCUUCUUCAUCUCCUAUGUCUCUGCCCUCCUUGGAAAUGGUCUGCUCAUCGUCCUCAUCCUCAUCAAGAGCAGUCUCCAUGAACCCAUGUAUCUUUUCCUCUGUAUGCUGGCUGCCGUUGACAUGGUCUUUGCCACAACCACAGAACCCAAGGCAUUGGCCAUUUUCUGGUGCAAGAGCAGGGAAAUCUCUCUUAAUGGCUGCAUUGCCCAGCUCUACUUCCAGCACUCCUCCUUUAUUUCUGAGUCAGGCGUCUUGCUGGUUAUGGCAUUUGACCGCUAUGUUGCAAUAUGUUACCCGUUGAGGUACUCUAUGAUACUCACCCACUCUCUGAUAGGGAAAAUUGGUGUGGCUGUUUUCUUGAGAGCACAUUGCACAAUUUUCCCCAUGAUAUUUCUUCUGAAGAGGCUGACUUUUUGCAGAAAUAACGUCCUCCCACAUACAUUCUGUGAACACAUUGGCUUGGCCAAGUUUGCCUGUGAUGACAUUCGAGUAAACGUCUGGUAUGGAUUUUUUGUCUUGACGUCAACCGUGAUCCUAGAUAUUAUCCUCAUUUUUGUUUCCUAUGGUCUGAUUCUCCGUGCUGUCUUCCACAUCCCUUCCCAAGAAGCCCGCCACAAAACUCUCAACACGUGUGUCUCCCACGUCUGCGUCAUCAUCCUUUUUUAUGGGCCUGGGAUCUUCUCGGUCCUCACUCAGCGCUUUGGACGCCACAUUCCACUACACGUCCAUAUCCUGCUGGCCAACGUCAGCAUGCUUGCUCCACCUAUGCUGAAUCCCAUCAUUUAUGGGGUCAAGACGAAACAGAUACGAGACCAAGUAGUUUACAUGUUGUUUAAAAAGCAGAAAUGA